AUGUUUGGAUUGAAGGAAGCCAGUUUCCUCGGCUUCUCCGUGGCUCUGGCUGGGGGACUGGCCUAUGUCGUGUGGAACUACGCGUUCGUCACUCGGGAGUCCGGUGAACGUCGCCCAGAAGAUGACAAUGCAGAGGGCCGAAAGAGGCUUAGUCCUGGAGAACAAAAGUCGAAGAAAGAGGAAAGCGGGGAUAACGUCGAGCAAAGUAUCGUCGUUGACCGCGUUGCGCCUGCUUGCACAAGCGAGAGAGAGCAGAAAGUACCCGAGCAAUCAAAGUCGGUGAAGCCAGAGGGGACCCAAGUGCUGGUUCUGGGUCUGGAGGGAGCAGGCAAAUCCAGUCUGCUGUACUCUAUGGCUAUCGGCAGUCUGGACACUGCCAUGGAGCCCACGGCAGGCUUGAACGCCGUCUCUAUUAACAGAGAAGACCUGCGCAUUGAGUUCCUUGAGAUUGGCGGCAGUGUGGCGCUGAGGCCUUACUGGUCCAAGUACAUUUCCAGGGCUCUGCUGCUGGUCUUUGUGGUGGACUCUGCAGCGCCACAGCUUUUCACUGAAGCCAAAGCACAAUUGCACUCACUGCUUGAAUCUUACCCCUGCCUGCCUUUAAUGGUACUGGCCAACAAGCAGGACCUUCCGGGCGCAUGCGGCAUCACCGAUCUGCACGAUGCGCUGGCGCUUUCCGAAUUGGGCGCCCGAAAGUUGUUCCUCAUCGGUACGUGCGUUAAGAAGGGCGAAGCUGAACUGAGCGCCGGUGUGAUGGAUGCUCGAGAACUCAUCGUGCAGAUGGCAGGCGCCAAGUAA